AUGUCGGACUUCCCAAGUGAGCUCGAAAAUGGAGAUAUCCGUUCUCGAGCUGGAAUCCAGCUGGAUAUUAACAAAGACUUUCCGUCUAAAAAUAAUUUCGGCACAGUGAGAACACACCCACAAGCAUCAACAUUAUCGCAGAGGCACCACAGCCAAGGUAGUAGCACCAGUAGUAGCACCAGCAGCACCUCGAGCGCUUCGAGCAGCACCAAAACAAGGAGUUUGCUGUCAACAAUAACAUCGUCUUCAAAGAAAGAACUCAAUGCGGUUAAGACUAAUAUCACUGAUUUGCGUUCUGGAAUCGAUGAAAUGAAGACUAUUUACUCGAGAUCGCAUCGAGCACACAAUCUUGAUAGAGAUGGAAGCGCAAGCAUCACCGACGAUGACCAACCAGUGGUCACCUUCCCCGACUCGGACACUCCAUCUCCGACGAGUCUACGACCCCGGAACAUGAGUAUCGACUCGUCCUCCCAACUUGACCCCCUGAACUCGUUCAGUGACCUCCACCACAUAAACACACCACUGAAUAUCUCGAGCAUGGGGCUUGCCGGUCAAGAGAGCAUGAAAUUCGAAGAGAAAAAAAUGACCAGCACGUCCACUACCAAGGUAAAAUCUCAGCUGGUCACGGACAGAUUCAGCGCGGAGAAAGCCACCGCCAAUUGUGAAGAAAUGCGGGCUUUGCAAGCUGGAGAUGUUUCUUACAAAGAAGAAAGCGCUGCUACUGCUGCUAGAGCUCGUGUUGAAGUUGAUGGAGUUUCUGCUGAAAAAAGCGUCGCUACAGCGAGGGUAAUUAAUUUACAUUGA